AUGGAGUAUCCUGCAUUGAGCACGGUGGAGAACGCGGACAGCGGCGGGGCCCGGUCGUACAACAAUUCGGAGGAGCGGGAGGGCCGGGAACCGGAUGGGCUGCGCUUCGACCGCGAGAGGGCGCGCCGCCUCUGGGAAGCAGUGUCCGGGUCGCAACCAGUGGGGAGGGAGGAAGUGGAACACAUGAUCCAGAAGAACCAGUGUCUCUUCACCAACACCCAGUGUAAGGUUUGCUGCGCCUUGCUCAUUUCUGAGUCUCAGAAGCUGGCACACUAUCAGAGCAAAAAACAUGCGAACAAAGUGAAGAGAUACCUAGCAAUCCAUGGAAUGGAGACACUAAAGGGGGAAAUGAAGAGGCUAGACUCAGAUCAGAAGAGCAGCAGAAGCAAAGACAAGAACCAGUGCUGCCCCAUCUGUAACAUGACCUUUUCCUCCCCUGUCGUGGCCCAGUCGCACUACCUGGGGAAGACCCACGCAAAGAACUUAAAGCUGAAGCAGCAAUCCACUAAGGUGGAAGCUCUGUCGAAACGCCUUACAAACCCUUUCCUUAUGGCCUCCACCUUAGCCUUGCACCAGAAUAGAGAGAUGAUAGACCCAGACAAGUUCUGCAGCCUCUGCCACGCGACUUUCAAUGACCCUGUCAUGGCUCAGCAACAUUAUGUGGGCAAGAAACACAGGAAACAGGAGACCAAACUCAAGCUUAUGGCACACUACGGACGGCUGGCUGACCCUGCUGUCACUGACUCAUCAGCCGGGAAGGGCUACCCCUGCAAGACAUGCAAGAUAGUGCUGAACUCCAUAGAACAGUACCAAGCUCAUGUCAGCGGCUUCAAACACAAGAACCAGUCACCAAAAACAGUGGCAUCACCUCUGGGCCAGAUUCCCGUGCAAAGGCAACCCAUUCAGAAAGACUCAACCACCUUGGAAAACUAA